AUGGACUGCACAGGACAAAAUCCCCCUCUGGGGAACCACACUGCAUUGGUAGAAUUCAUCCUGAUUGGGUUUUCUGAUCUUCCCAACCUUCAAGGUUUACUUUUUGGUGUAUUUCUGAUUCUCUACAUCAUUAUUCUUAUGGGAAAUAGCCUCAUUAUCAUGAUAACUAAGGUUGAUCCUUCCCUCCAGACCCCCAUGUAUUUCUUCCUUGGGAAUUUUUCCCUUUUGGAAAUAUGUUAUGUGUCAGUUACUGUUCCCAGAUUAUUAACUGAUCUCUGUAGACAAUAUGGAAAUAUUUCUUUUCUGACCUGUGCUAUUCAAAUGUAUUUCUUUCUGGUUCUGGGAGACACUGAAUGCUUUAUCCUCACUGCAAUGGCUUAUGACAGGUAUGUUGCCAUUUGCAAUCCAUUGCUCUACCCUGUCAUCAUGAACAGUAGGUUCUGUAUACAACUAGUACUUGUCUGCUGGACCACUGCAAUUCCAAUACAUAUAGGGUUCACGUCUGUGCUCUUCACAUCACCCUUCUGUGAAUGUAACCAAUUGAAUCACUUUUUCUGUGAUGUACCUCCAGUUGUUCAGCUUGUUUGUGGGGACACUUUCAUGCUUGAGUUGUUGACUUAUGUGAUUUCUAGUCUAGCUGUUGCUGUGCCCUUUAUGUUGAUACUUGUAUCUUACGUAAAUAUAAUCUCCACCAUUCUGAAGCUGCCAUCAGCAACCGGGAGAGCCAAAGCCUUCUCGACUUGUUCUUCCCAUCUUAUGGUUGUGAUUUUAUUCUUUGGAUCAGGCAUCAUUGUGUAUUUGAGACCUAAGUCCAGCCAGUUAAUAGGAAUGGACAAAUACCUUUCCCUUUUUUAUGCCAUCUUGAUACCAGUGUUUAACCCCAUUAUUUAUUGUCUGAGAAACAAAGAUGUUAUGGUGGCUUUGGGAAAAUGCCUACAGAAAUGGAUUGUGCUGUGA